AUGUUCUUUGCACCGGGGAGAAAAUACGCCGUUUUAGGAGCAUCAACCAACAGAGGGAAGUUUGGUAAUAAGAUACUCAGGUGGUAUAUCAAUCAUAAAUUACCAGUGAAACCCAUAAACCCUAGUGCCGAAGAAGUCGAGGGAGUGAAGGCGUACCCUACUUUGAAUAAGUAUAUUGAAGAUUUGAGUAUAAGCGAUGAACCAAUUGGUGUGAGUGUGGUUACGCCUCCACAAGUUAGCUUUGAGAUGUUCAAGGAAGUUUUAGAGAAACGAAACGCUGAUAAGAUUGCCAGUAUAUGGUUCCAACCUGGUAGUUUCGAUUCCAAAGUGGUCAAGUAUGUCAUUGAGAAACUGGGAGUAUCAAAAGAUUCCGUUAUUUCUAAUAACGAUUGUAUAUUAGUAUCAGGUGAAGGCAAGUUGAGGGAUGAGAUCUGA